CGCUCACGUAGGUGUCCCAGAACACGUUUAGGGGCAUCUAACAAAAUUCCCCAAUUUGGGGCCUCAGUUUGAAGUUAAUUACACGUAAUCUUCUUAUACGGAUACAUAUCACCCUCAAAUUUUCUGCCUUUUUCCGACAAAAUUCACAUCCAACCCGUUUAUCUUCACUGAUGGUUUCCAAUUCUCAAUUUAUCCGCGUUCUGAUUCCUUACAGAUUCGAUCCGAAGCAGGCCGGAAUCUAGGGUUAGGGUUUUGGGCUGGGGUUUGAGAUGUUUAACAAAAUCAUAAAGCGGGGUAAUCGAAAAGUAUCCAAAGCAGAGGCUAACGAAGAUGCUUUGUAUGGGUAUGGAACACCCGGGAAUCGAAAUAUCGGAUCAAUUCCUACAUCGAAUGUUGUUGUCAACCACGCCUCACGAACCAUGGUUUCUUCGUCUGUCGCCAAUUCGGUGCAACAGGCGGUGGCUGUAGCAGUUGCUCCACCCUCCUCUGCUGUGAUUGAACCCUUACCCUUGUUGAGAGAUAUUCCCGUUUCGGAGCGCCCCAACAUGUUUUCAAGGAAAAUUCAAAUCUGUUGCUUUUUGUUUGAUUUUUCGGACCCAAUGAAUUCUCUUCGUGAGAAGGAAAUCAAGCGACAAAUCCUUGUUGAGCUUGUUGAUUUUGUGCAAUCGGGAACGGGUAAACUGUCUGAAAUCAUGCAAGAAGAGUUAAUUGGGAUGAUUUCAGUAAAUAUUUUCCGGUGUUUACCCCCUGCUUCUCAUGAAAAUACUGGCUCAGAGAAUUUGGAACUUGAAGAGGAUGAAACAUCUUUGGACCCCUCAUGGCCUCACUUGCAAAUUGUGUAUGAAUUACUUUUGAGGUAUGUUGUGUCAUCUGAGACUGACACUAAGGUUGCAAAGCGGUAUAUUGAUCAUACAUUUGGUUUGAAACUACUUGAUUUGUUUGCCUCAGAGGAUCACAGAGAACGGGAGUAUUUGAAAACUAUACUCCAUCGAAUAUAUGGAAAGUUUAUGGUUCAUCGCCCCUUUAUAAGAAAGGCAAUUAAUAAUAUUUUUUAUCGGUUUAUAUUUGAGACACAGAAACAUAGUGGGAUUGGUGAGUUGUUGGAGAUUCUUGGGAGUAUAAUCAAUGGGUUUGCAUUGCCAAUGAAAGAGGAGCAUAAAUUGUUCCUUGUUCGAGCACUUAUACCACUGCAUAAGCCAAAGUCAAUUUCCAUGUAUCACCAGCAGUUGUCAUAUUGCAUUACUCAGUUUAUUGAGAAAGACUACAAGCUGGCCGAUAUUGUAAUUAGGGGUUUAUUGAAGUAUUGGCCUGUCAUCAACUGUCAAAAGGAGAUUCUCUUUCUUGGAGAAUUAGAAGAAGUUUUGGAGGGAACACAAUCUGCAGAGUUCCAACGCUGCAUGGUUCCUCUCUUCAGACAGAUAGGACGCUGCCUCAAUAGCCCUCAGUUCCAGGUGGCUGAACGAACCUUCUUCUUAUGGAACAAUGACCACAUCGUGAGCUUGAUUGCCCAGAACAGGGAUGUGAUUUUCCCAAUCAUAUUUGAGUCUUUGGAGAAGAACAUAAGGGGUCACUGGAACCAGGCGGUCCAUGGGAUGACUGCUAAUGUGCGAAGGAUGUUCCUUGAGAUGGAUGCUGAACUGUUUGAAGUGUGUCACAGGCAGUAUUUAGAAAAAGAAGCCAGGGCCCAAGAAUUGGAAGAGCAGCGGCAGUUGACAUGGAAGAGACUGGAAGCUGUCGCUGCACAGACUGGGGGAGAGGAUAUGGUCAUGGUUAACUGAUUUAAUUAGGACAAGAAAAAAGAAAAAAAAAAAGCCCUUUUUUUUUUACUUUUUUUUUUUUUCAUUUUGGUGGGUAUUCUUUUAUAUCUGCUUGUUCCGGCCAUUGAAGAUGCAUGAAAAAGCAGUGAGUGAUGUAAGUUAGAAGGGGAAAAAAAAAAUAUGUAACAAAGUUUGUGUGAGGACGUGUCUGGGCAGAUUAUGAAUGUUUAUGAAUAUUCUUUUUCUAUUAUUUCACUUCUCCCACAAGGGAAAAGGCAUCAAUUUAUUUUGUUUUUUCUCUCUUA